AACACAUCAGCCAACGGCGUCGACGUAAACAAACACCACCUUCGUUUUUCCUUCAGCUAUCGUAAUAUUUCCAUACCGUCUGCAGCUCACCACUCACAAUAUUAUUAUCUUCACUCAUUAGUCAUUCGGUGGUUCGGUUCGCUCGCGCGUUGCGCAAUAGCUGUUUGUUUUUUUUUUUUUUUGUACAUAUUACAUUGUAAAUUAUCGUACCGUAGCGUUACCCUUUACCACCUAUACACUGUACAGCACAUUUAACUUGUAGUCGUUUAAUACCGUAUUAGUGCAGUAGGUACCUAUAGUAUAAUCGUACGGUUUAAUCAAGCCCAAGCAUUAUAUUAUAACAUUUGUUAACCUUGGUAACCUAAUUGAAGUUCGAAGCCGUUCGUUCUACAAACGACAUUUUCAGAUUUUUAUUCGCGUGUUAAUUUUAGUUGUCAGUGAGAUCAAUUGUUUUGCUGUCAAAAUGGGUAUAACUAAGAGGCCUGCUAGCAAUUGCAGCGAUGAAAUACUCCCAGUUGAAGUCGAUGAACUCGUGGAAAAUGCGAUUUACUCAUCUACCAACACCGAUGCCAGUGAUGAAUCAGAUUAUGAAAUGAUGAUGCCAACUGUCACCAUAGUUGAUUAUUCGACAUACUACAGAAAUCUCUGCCCUGAAUUAAGGAUUUCCCACAAUGUUGAAUAUGAUAAUCCAGAUGCUGAUACUAAACCGGUAUCAUGUAGGAAAAAAAAUAUUUCUCAAAUGGGACGCAAGAAAGCAAAUCGUGCACAAAAUGAAAAUUUUCUUUUAUCUUUGAGUGAUGACUAUGAAGAUGACAUAUUUUGUAAUGACAACAAAAACGGAUUCAUGAAAGCUGUCAACAGUCUUUCGACUAUGCCUGGUUUGAAAGAAUCAUUUAUUGAAGGAAAUGACGAACUCGUGCUUCCAAAACGCAACAAACGUUCUUCUGCUGAAAUGAAUACUGAUAAAAAGCCAAAACGAAGCAUUCACCCUGAUUUGGCAUUCAAAAAUCUGACUACAUCACAAAAAUCGCUUUUCAAACAGAAAAGUUUACCUUUUGCCGCUAUAGAUCAUUUGGAAACCGAAGUUGUCCGAUAUUUUUCACUUGUACCAAAUGGCAUUUACACAUCUGCCCCAUUGCCGAGUUAUAAUCGAAUGCUGCUGCACAGUAUCGUCCGUUACUAUUCAUUGGAUGCCAUGAGUGUGAAUAGUCGUGGUCGGCGCACUCAGAAAAUUGUACAAGUACGCAACAGCCGUUUUGACGAUUUCAAACCACCUCAUAUGAGCCUGUUGAAAUACAUAUCAAGUCGAAACAGCUAAACAACAAAUUACAAUCAUUAAUGGAUCCAAUGACUAUUGGACAAACAAACAUUUUUUAUUUAUAUUAAUAUAAUAUACUAGAUGAAUUUCAAUUUUUUUUUUUUUUGCAUACUUUUCACGUUUGUUUUAUUUAUUACAUUUUAAUUUAUAGCUUUAGAGAUAUUGGGGCAGAAGACAUAUAUUUUAUUAAUGUAAUUAUUGACCAAACUAUUAUAUUAUAAACAACAUUUAUAUCAAAUAACUUAACAUAUAUCUUAAUAUAUUAUGUUAUAUUAUCAUACGCUUAUAUUAUAUAAAAUUUAUUAAUAUAUUAUUUAUAAUGAUACUUAUUAAUGGGCUUGGAAUGAAUUAAUUUGCAUAUAUCUUAGAAAGCUACUUAUAAUUCAGAAAACAGCUGUACUAAAAUGUUGUUAAAAAAUAAAAACUUUUUAUAUUAAUAAUAAUAAAAAGAAUUUAUAUUACUAAAAAUAUAUGAGAAUGAACUGCACUUUUAUAAAAAAAAAAGCUUAUUAAAAAUACAAAUUACAGAAUCGUUUUUAGAAUGAUUUAUUAUUGAAUUCAUAUCUAACAUACAUUACAGUGAUCUAUUUUUUCUUUUAUUAUAUUUUAAAGCUUUUUUGUUGUUCAUAUGAAUGAAAAUAUUUCAUUGAAUUUAUUAAGUUACAGAGCCUGGCUAUCAACAAAUAUAUACUUCAUUAAUACUUUGAUAUAAUCAUGUAAUUAUUGGAUUCAAUAUAUUUCAUUAAAUUUAUGAUUCACUUGCAUUAAAUAAUCAAUAUUUUAGAUGGUAACUAGGACUUUGGAGUUAUUGAAUUUGCACGUUUUUAAUGUUUAUUAAUUUAUUUCUAAAUAGUCUCCAAAUCCUUUUGAUGCAAAUAGGUAUGAACUUUUUAAGACAGUUUUGCAAUUUUUGUAAUUUUUUUGCUAUAUUGUAAUUUUUGUUGUUCCAACAUUACAUGUCAAUUUUAGUGAUAUUUUUGAAUUUGUGAUGAGUGUACUUCUAUGAAAAUAUUAGUUGAAUAAAUAAAAAAUUA